AUGGGCACUUUGCAUCCUAAUUCAUCAGAUGAAAAGGGUUGUGAUCCUCUUCCCAUGGCCCAAACCCAUGAGCCAAAUAAGAAUUCAUUGGAUGCCGGAGCUCUCUUUGUUCUCAAAUCCAAAGGUUCAUGGCUACACUGUGGGUACCAUAUGACAACAUCCAUAGUAGCACCACCAGUUCUAACUAUACCAUUCGCAGUGGCUUCUCUGGGUUGGAUCGGUGGAGUAGUGUUUCUAAUGAUCGCAGCCAUGGUGACAUUUUACUCCUACAACCUCGUCUCACUUGUUCUUGAACACCAUGCCCACAAGGGCAAGCGUUUCCUUCGCUUCAGAGACAUGGCCAACGACAUCUUGGGGCCAGGAUGGGGCAGAUAUUUCGUGGGUCCUAUUCAGUUCUUGCUCUGCUUCGGAUGCGUUAUUGCUUGUAUUCUUCUCGGUGGUCAGUGCAUGAAGACAAUUUACUUGUUAUCAAGACCAGAUGGAACAAUGAAGCUCUAUGAAUUCGUGGUCAUAUUGGGAGCUUUUACUUUGGUGUUAGUCCAGAUUCCAUCUUUUCACUCACUGAGGCACAUCAACCUUCUUUCUUUGAUCCUCUGUCUUGCCUAUAACAUCUGUGCCACGGCUGCAUCUGUCUAUAUAGGAAAUUCAAAUAAGGCGCCGCCGAAAGAUUAUUCUGUUCAAGGUAAUACCGGAAAUCGUAUCUUUAACGCCUUCAACGCAAUUGCCAUCAUCGCCACGGAAUACGGGUGUGGGAUUAUACCAGAAAUACAGGCAACCAUAGCACCUCCAGUAAAAGGGAAGAUGUUCAAGGGACUCUGUGUCUGCUACACUGUAGUGAUAAUUACUUACUUCAGUGUAGCCAUCUCUGGCUAUUGGGCAUUCGGCAACCAAGCUGCUAGCAUCCUCCUCAGUAACUUCAUUAGCAAUGGAGAGCCAUUGGUGCCCAAGUGGUUUCUUUACAUGAUCAAUACCUUCACUUUCAUCCAAGUAACAACUGUUGGUUUGGUUUACUUGCAACCCACAAAUGAAAUAUUGGAGAGUAUGUUUGCCGAUCCACAAAAAGGCGAGUUCUCGAAUCGGAAUGUGGUGCCAAGGUUGAUUUCGCGUUCAAUAUCUGUUGCAAUAGCAACAUUAAUCUCAGCAAUGCUUCCAUUCUUUGGUGAUAUCAAUGCUUUACUUGGAGCAUUUGGGUUCAUACCACUUGACUUCAUCUUGCCUAUGAUAUUCUUCAACUUAACUUUUAGACCAACAAAGUUAAGUCCAAUUUUUUGGUUGAAUAUCUUAAUUGCUACAAUAUUUUCAGUUGUAGCAGUUAUAUCAGCAGUUGCAGCAGUUAGACAAAUAAGUCUUGAUGCUGGUACCUAUAGAUUAUUUGCUAAUGUAUGA